AUGGCAGGGCCCGCGGAACCUCCACCCCGCUGGUGGGCGCUCGGGGGCCGCCUUUGCGCUUUUAUUGCCGCUGGCUGGCGAGGCCAGAAAUACAUCACCGAGGAAGCCGAAUGGGGCUGUGGGACGUGCCCCUGCUCGCCGCGCCCUCACCGUCAGGAUUCCUUACGAGCACAGCUGCCGUCCGCGGGCGGUGCGGGGUUAAAGCAGUCUCAGCAGCUGGAAAGGGCCGCAGCCAAGGGGCAGGAAGAGGAUCUUCCCCAGACUCUCCUCGAGAAGGAGGGCGGAGGUCAGCUCAUUGAAGGGAAGGAGCGUGUUACAAGGAGCAUUCCUGGCAAAGGAGUUGCUGUCUUGGGCGUUAAAGACUGUGGGUGGACGCACAACGUGUUCAGUGAACAAAUGGUUGGGUGUCGUGGGAGUCCUGUGUGCAUGGGGAAGGGUCUGGAAGGUGGGCCCAGGACAAUUGUGUCGCUAUCCAUCGUCUACACAAUUGGACAGGUAGUCCUUGCAGUAAGCUCAAUUAAUGACCUCACAGACGGCAACCGUGAUGGGACCCCGGACAGCCUUCCUGUACAUGUGGCUCUGUCCAUGAUUGGCCUGGCCCUGAUAGCCCUAGGCACUGGAGGAAUAAAGCCCUGUGUGUCUGCGUUUGGUGGAGAUCAGUUUGAAGAGGGCCAGGAAAAACAAAGAAACAGAUUUUUUUCCAUCUUUUAUUUGGCCAUUAAUGCUGGAAGUUUGCUUUCUACUAUCAUCACUCCCAUACUCAGAGUUCAACAAUGUGGAAUUCACAGUAAACAGUCUUGUUACCCACUGGCAUUUGGAGUUCCUGCUGCUCUCAUGGCUGUAUCUCUGAUUGUGUUUCUCAUCGGCAGUCGAAUGUACAAGAAGUUCCAGCCCCAGGGUAAUAUCAUGGCUAAAGUCGUCAAGUGCAUUGGUUUUGCCAUCAAAAAUAGGAUUAGGCAUCGGAGUAAGAAAUUUCCCAAGAGGGAGCACUGGCUGGACUGGGCCAAAGAGAAAUACGAUGAGCGGCUUGUCUCCCAAAUUAAGAUGGUUACGAAGGUGAUGUUCCUGUACAUUCCACUCCCCAUGUUCUGGGCCUUGUUUGAUCAGCAGGGGUCAAGGUGGACACUGCAAGCAACCACUAUGAAUGGGAGAAUGGGAAUUAUUGAAAUUCAGCCCGAUCAAAUGCAGACUGUGAACGCCAUCUUGAUCGUGAUCCUGGUCCCCAUCAUGGAAGCUGUGGUGUAUCCUCUGAUUGCAAAAUGUGGUUUCAAUUUCACCUCCUUGAAGAGGAUGACGGUUGGGAUGUUCCUGGCUUCCAUGGCUUUCGUGCUGGCUGCAAUUGUGCAGGUGGAAAUUGAUAAAACUCUUCCAGUCUUUCCCAAAGGAAACGAAGUCCAAGUUAAAGUAUUGAAUAUAGGAAAUGAUAACAUGACUAUAUCUUUUCCUGGAGAGAUGAUGACACUUAACCAAAUGUCUCAAACAAAUGAAUUUAUGACUUUCGAUGUAGACAAACUGAGUAUAAACAUUUCUUCCACUGGAUCACCAGUCACGCCAGUAACUCAUAACUUUGAGCAGGGCCAUCGCCAUACCCUUCUAGUGUGGGCCCCCAGUCAGUACCGAGUGAUAAAGGAUGGCCUUGACGAGAAGCCAGAUAAAGGAGAAAACGGAAUCAGAUUUGUAAAUGCUUUUGAUGAGAGCUUCAACAUCACCAUGGACGGGACAGUUUAUGUAAAUGUCAACAGUCACAAUGCCAGCGAAUAUCAGUUUUUUCCUUCUGGCACAAAAAGCAUCACAAUAAGCUCAACAGAGAUUUCACAACAGUGUGAACGUGAUUUCGAUUCUCCCAGACUUGAGUUCGGUGGUGCAUAUACCUAUGUCAUCAGAAGCACGGUUGAUGGCUGUCCCGAAUUGAAGGUGUUUGAAGAUAUUUCACCCAACAUAGUGAACAUGGCUCUGCAGAUCCCACAGUACUUCCUCCUGACCUGUGGGGAGGUGGUGUUCUCUGUCACGGGAUUGGAGUUCUCCUAUUCUCAGGCUCCUUCCAACAUGAAGUCGGUGCUUCAAGCAGGAUGGCUGUUGACGGUGGCUGUCGGCAACAUCAUUGUGCUUAUUGUGGCGGGAGUAGGCCAGAUGAGUCAACAGUGGGCCGAGUACAUUCUGUUUGCUGCCUUGCUUCUGUUUGUCUGCAUAGUAUUUGGCAUCAUGGCUCGGUUCUAUACUUACGUCAAUCCAGCAGAGAUUGAAGCUCAGUUUGAUGAGGAUGAAAAGAAAAAGAACCUGGAAAAGGAUAACCUAUAUCCCACAUUGGAUUCCAUCUCACAGACACAGAUGUGA